AUGUCUUGCUGUGGAGUCUGCCGCCAUGACUGCUGCUGCAGCGUCCCCACUGGGCCAGCCACCACCAUCUGCUCUUCAGACAAAUGCUGCCGGUGUGGAGUCUGCCUGCCCAGCACCUGCCCCCACGAGAUCAGCCUUCUCCAGCCCACCUGCUGUGACUGCUGCCCUCCCCCUUGCUGCAUGCCCGAUCCCUACGUGCCAUCUUGCUGGCUGCUCAAUUCUUGCCACCCCACCCCUGGUCUGUGUGGAAUCAACCUGACCACCUACACUGAGCGCUGCUGCGAGGGGGAGCGCAGGUGCGAACCCUGCUGCUAA